AUGUCGUCGCCCUGCAUCUCUCACUGCAUAAACGACGUCGUUCGUCUUCCUGUCCGGCCGACCUACGCGAGACUCUACAGGUGGCCGCAGUCCGAGGCGGAGUUCUUGGGCUCUAAGAUGCGCCGGGGACCUGGUGCGCACCCUGGGGUUGUUGACAGUGUCUGGUGCAGGCAAAUGUAUCUGAGGAGCUAUACGUUCUCAAGAAAGGAGACUGUUCUGGAAAAGACCAAGAAAUCCUUUGGGAAAGCGAGAGAGACCGUCAAGAACAAGUCAGUUAGGAUCAAGACCGGAAAGGGCAGAAACGGGAUUUUAUGUAGAAAGAAGUGCUUGGUGUUGAGGAGGGCUAAGGAAGUGACUUAUGCUGGGUUUAUCUCCAUCUUCAAGCGAUUACUAGCGUGCACCACCAAAGUCGAUCUCGCUGGACGCUGA